AUGAAGAGCCUAUCAAUUAACUGGAUAUCCUGCGGCCAGCCUUUCACUGAGCCUGCCAUAUGGAAGCCCAACUUCUGCAUAGUUACCGACUGUCAGCUACUUCUAUUGGACAAACAAGAGGUAUUUAACCCCUUUCCAAAUAAUGAAUAAUAUAUGGUGUGAGUAUUGAAGAGAUUGUAAAUCAAGGAAAAUCAUUUAGGCCUGUAUUUGUGGAAUUCCACCCUCCUGGAGUGAACUGUCCCAUUGUUCAGUAGCAACAGUAGCCUAAGUUGUCCUCAUUCCCUGCUGUCCUGUCCUGGUUGCUCCUCUGAUCCACUCGCUGCUGCUGCAGGAGUGCCGGGUCGAGUUGUGCACAGUUUGGCUACUACAUCACACCCUCACUGUGCCCACAGACAGCCACACCCCCGGAGACCACACAGCCCCAGCCACAGACGGCAGUGAGUACAACCCCACCAACUCCUACCCUACCAGACUG